AUGGACCCUUCAACUUCGGAUAUUACUUCUCUAGAUAAGGAGCCGCAAUCUAAUCCAAAUAUAAGUGAUCUUAAAAAAAGCGAAUUAGAAGAUGAUGAUGAUAAACGUAGUAUAGGAGGAGACUCAAUCACUUCAGCAAUUUCGUCAUCUUCUUCUGGUUCUACUUCUUCUACUUCUUCUACUGGUUCUAAUUCUUCUCUAUCAUCUUUAAAAUCAGCAGGAAAGAAAGCUGCCAAAAAAUUAAAGAAAAAGAAAAAGGCUUUAAAAAAUAAAAUGGGUGCAAGUGGAUCAUAUACACUUCAAGGUAAUAGUGAUGAUAGUAUCGGGGGUAGUCGAGAUAUUUACACUGAGAGAUAUAAACGGAAUUCUGAAAAAGAAUAUACAGACAUUGAUCCAAAUGAAAAUGAUGAUACACAGAGUAUAGGAGGAGAAUCAAUAACUUCGUCUUCUUCUUCUGAUUCUACUACUUCUUCCGAUUCUACUACUUCUUCUGGUUCUACUUCUUCUGGUUCUACUUCUUCUCUAUCAUCUUUAAAAUCAGCAGGAAAGAAGGCUGCCAAAAAAUUAAAGAAAAAAGGCGUAGAUCUAAAACGUAAACUUAGUAAAUCAACACCUAAUUUAAAAAUGGGCGCAAGGGGAUCAUACACACUUAAGGAUGAUAGUAAUGACAAUAUUACUGAUACUGGGGGAAAGAAAAAAGGUGGUUUGUUUAAGAAACUUGGAAAGUCAGUAAGCAAUUUCAAACUCUUUAAAAGUUCAGAUAGCAAGCUAAAUGAAGAAACCGAAAGUAAAAAAGAUAAAAAGGGUAAAAAGAAAAAAAUGCCUAAGUUAAGUAAUAGAUUAAGCAAAUCUGCACCAGAAAUUGGCCAGGAUGAGAGUGGUAAAAAAGGGAAAAGAAAACUAAAAUUAGUCAAAGGAUUAUUUUCCAAACCACAUAAAAAACGACCUUAUUCAUCUAAAAAAGAUGAUAACGAACAAAGUGAAGGGGAUGAGCAUGGAGAGGAAAAUCAGAAAAAGCAUAAGAAAGGUAUUAUGAGUCGUUUAGGUCAAUCUAUGAGUAACUUGACUGGUAAAUUAAAAACAAAAAAGUCUGAUAAAGGUGACAAGCAUAAGGAAAAAGGUAAAGAUGGACGAAAAAGAAAAAUUCCAAAAUUGAAAAUAUUUAAGAAAAAAAGUCCCAAGCCUGAUAUCGAACCUCAAAUUCCAAUAAGUCAAAGAGGGCAACCUGAACAUGUACAUUUUGAAGAAACACGUGAAGCUGAUCAAUAUUCUAGUGAAGAUGAGGAUGGAUACCAAACUAUCGAAGAAUUAGGACUUAAAAGAGAAGAAGAAAAAGAAAAGCCUCAAUCAGAUAAUGAAACAAAAAAAAAUCCUGAGGAAAUUGAAGCAUUAUAUGCAAAAGUGAAUAAACUUAGAAAACAAGCUCAAUCAGGUGAUGAAACAAAAGAUGAUGAAACAAAAAAAGAUCCUGAAAAAAUUGAAGCAUUAUAUGCAAAAGUUAAUAAACUCAAAAAACAAGCUCAAUCAGGUGAUGAAACAAAAAGUGAUGAAACAAAAAAAGAUCCUGAAAAAGUUGAAGCAUUAUAUGCAAAAGUUAAUAAAUUUAAAAAACAAGCACAACCUAGUGAAAACGCCGAAAAUGUUCCUAAAGAGGAUGAAGAAAGUCCUAAAGAACAGAAAUCUAUACUUGAACCAACAUCUGAAACGGAAUCUACUUCUGCAACAACUGCUACAAGUACUGACCAAGAAGAUAAAAAAACGCCCACUUCAAAAACUACUCCUUCUUCAAAAAAACCCAAGAUAAUGCCAAAACCUUUCCAGGAUCCUCAGUCAUCACCUGAAGAGUCACCUCACCCCUUUAAACUUGUCAAAUUGAAAAAAGUUGAAAAACCAGUAAAUACCUUCGUAGUGAAACCAAAAAAGAGUUCAGAUGACCAAGAUCUUUCUUCAAGUUCAUCAACAACAAAAAAAACUCCAUCUGCACCUGAAGAGUCUUUACCAUCUCCGUCUGAAGAAUCACAAUCAUCACCACCUCCACCUCCACCUCCACCACCACCACCACCUCUACCUACAUCUUUAAGCUCUUCAUCACUCUCAAAAACAAAAACCACUAGUAAACCGAAUUUGGAAUCAAAGACCAAACUAUCAUCUGAUCAAUCAUUUAAAGAAGAACCAUUAAAAUUAACUCCAGAUUCACUAAAAACCGCAAGAAAAAGUUUAAAAAAUGUUAGUGAAGAGAAAAAACUUAAUAAGGACUCAGGUAGCUCCUCCAAAAAAGUGGAAAGAGCUGGCAGUAAUGGCAGUUUGAUGGAUUCACUGGUGGAGGCAAUUCAAAAAAGAAGGGCCGACAUUGAUAAUGAUAAAGAAGAAACGGAACAAACUAGUGAAGAUGAGUGGAUGUAA